GAAGAGGUUUCAAUUCCUUUUUACGUCAACACGGCUAUACUGCUAUAGUGCUUAACUGCUUACUGCUUUACUCGACCAGUUUAGUUUGUUCUCUGUCAAGUUCGACAAUAAUUCAAAAUGCAGAACGACGCCGGUACAAGUGAAGACCUGUACAUCCCGAGGAAAUGCUCGUCAAGCAACAGGAUAAUACACGCUAAGGAUCAUGCUUCUAUUCAGCUGACCAUCCCCGACGUCGAUCCGACGACAGGAGUCAUCACGGAUACCUGUAAAAUGUAUGCCAUCUGCGGCAGCAUUAGAAGGAUGGGAGAAUCCGAUGAUUGCAUCAAAAGGUUAGCUGAAGCUGAUAAAAUCUUACCGAAGUUUUAAUAAUCUUGACGUUUUUAUUUCUAUUAAAAUGUAAAAAACAAAAACACUUCCAAAAAAAUAAAUUUUUUUUUUGGUAACAA